GAAAGGAAGAAAGAAAGUAACAAUUUGACUAUCUAUUUAUAUUACAAAUAUAAAUAUUCUACUUGGUGCAAGUUCUUAUUCUUGAGCAUCCUCUCUGGAUCAUUACUGUUUAUCAGUCUCUAAGCUUGUUUUUCUAGAGAGAGAAAACAUGGAGCUUUCUCAACAUGGUUUCUUGGAGGAAUUACUUAAUCAAGGUCAAAGAAGAGACAGUUGGGCAAAUUUUUCAAAUGGCUCAAAUGAGUUGUUCUUCUCUAGUAGUAGCAGUAACAGUGGAUGGAACUUUGAUUCUUUUGAUGAUAACACAAAUUUAUCAACACCAAAUCCUUCAUUUUUAGGAUUUUCCACUCCCUUUGACUGCCCAUCUUUUAGUGAUCAAAGUAAUUACCCCUUUCUUGAUGGGUUCACUACUUUACCUACAGAGAUUAAUGAUAAUGACAAUACAGCUCCUACUCCUACUCCUCCUCCAUUUACAAUCCAAGAUCAAGAUUACCCAUCAAUAGUUGAAAAUGAUCUUCUUAGAGAUCAAAUUGGUUUUGAAGAAAGAUUAAGUAGUUGCUGCAAAGUUGAAAUGGAGCAAGCAGCAGCAAGUAAUAAUAAUGUUCAUCAGAUUUUUACUAUGGGUUCAAAUGCAGAGAAAAAGAACAAAUCCAAGAAAUUAGAAGGACAGCCUUCAAAGAAUUUAAUGGCAGAAAGAAGAAGAAGAAAGCGCUUAAAUGAUCGCCUUUCUAUGCUUAGAUCAAUUGUUCCCAAGAUUAGCAAGAUGGAUAGAACUUCAAUCCUUGGAGAUACAAUAGAUUACAUGAAAGAACUUCUUGAAAGGAUAAAUAAGUUGCAAGGAGGAGAAGAAGAAGAAGAAAGUGAAGAAGGAACAAAUGAAAUGAACUUAAUAACAAAUUUAAAGGAGCUUAAGCCAACAGAAGUUCUUGUAAGAAAUUCUCCCAAGUUUCAUGUGGAAAGGAGAGAGAUUGAGACCAGGAUUGAUAUUUGCUGUUCUGCAAAACCAGGAUUAUUAUUAUCAACUGUUAACACAUUAGAAGCUUUAGGCCUUGAGAUUCAACAAUGUGUUAUUAGUUGCUUCAAUGAUUUUUCCUUGCAAGCUUCUUGUUCAGAGCCUGCUGAGCAGAGAACACUACUUGCUCCUGAGGAUAUAAAGCAAGCAUUGUUUAGAACUGCUGGCUAUGGAGGAAGAUGUCUGUAGAAGAAAAGAAAAAAUUGGAGAACAAAGUUAUUUCAAAGAGGUUGAAGAGAGAUGGAGCUCUUUUUUUUCCAAGUCUGUCCCUGAAGAAAUUUAAUUUGCUAGUGACAAGUUGUAAUAAAUGUUUGUUUAAUAAGUAUAUGUCUAUCUAUAGAUUUAUUCUCACUACUUAGUUAUUAAUUAUAGAAGGAUUAAUCAUGUAUGGACCAUUGUAUUCCUUCUCUAACUGAAACCAUUAAAUGUAUGAUUUGGAAAUAGUUAAGAAUAUAUGUCUUAGCUCUUUGGCAGAGUAGGAAUGUUUUUGGAAUAAAUGUACAGAAUUUAGAGAUAA